AUGGCGAAUUUUGAAAAUUUGUUACCCUCGAAAGAAAACUGGUUGAGAAAAUGCGUGAAAGAAUCCAAAGCGUUUUCGACGUCGAGAAAAACGAACAAAGUCAAAAUAAUACAGAAAAUAUUGAGGAAUCGAUACCAGGAGAGGAGCGUGUACUAUUUCACGACGGGUAGAAAACUCGACGAGAAAUUAUUGGAAGAACAAAAGCAAGUCGACAAAUCCCCGUUUUACUUUCUCAAAGAUCCCGGCGAUUUUUCCUACAGGACGAAACAGAAAGAGGAACACGCGAGAGACAGGGAAAAAGCGAAACAAUACGCUUAUUACAACAGGCCGAGCUACCAUUCGAGAUUGAGCGAAGGAAAACUCGAAAGACUUUACGUUCCCGAUGACUACGAAUUGCCCGGAAGUUCGAUCACGGACACCGUCGACCCCGAAUUUUUCACAAUCGUUUCCGGUAAACCCAUACGGGAAAAAUUCGACAUCAGAAAUUAUUUGCAAGAUUUGCAAUCGCUUUUUCUCAUCAAUUUACAAAUCGGUUACAAGAGAGACGAAACUUUGCUCAUCGAAGAACAAUUCAGACAGGAAAAAAGUCAAUUGGAAGACAUAAAAAAAAAAUUUCAAUUUUAUUCCGAGUGUUACGAUAAAUUCUUGGGCGAAGACCAUUCCUCGAGUUUGAAAUUGUUGAAAUUGGCCGACAACGAAAUUAAAAAAUCCAAAGUCAAAAGGGAAAAAAUAAAAACAUUGCACCGGGAUUGCGGAUGGUACAGAACCAAAAUCCUCAUUUUGGACGAACAGUGGAGAAUAGCGAGAAUUUCCCCGCUUUGGUGGAGGAACAAAUACGAUUUUCUAUACAGGGAAAAAUCGAGCGGAGCCAUCAACCGUUCGGAAACGUCACUUUUCGAAAAGCAAAACGCGGCUCAACUCACGGCCGCCCCGUCCAUAAUAACGAUAAUCGAUCAAUUCAUCGACGAAGUUUCCAACGCACAACCCCCCCAACUGUAUUUCACGGAUCCCAACGAACUCCUCGAGAUUUUUUACGAACUCGAAAGAAACAAUUUGCUCGCUUUGUUGCAAUGCGAAGAACUCACACAACCCGCGGAACAAAUGAGGACCGGACUCGAGAGAGCGCGAGAACUUUUCGUGCAAGAAGUCGACGUCAUACGAGAUCAAUUGAAAUACCUGGAAGACGAAGUCGUGUACCAGGAAACUCGGAGUCGUUAUUUCGAACAAAAAGCCAAAGAAAUCACUGGGGGGUUUUUCAAAGAAUUGGUCGCGGAUAAAUCCAUUCUCAACCUUUACGUGAACGUCGAAGAUUGUUUCGAAUCGUGCGUCGCUCCCAACGACAGCAAUUUGACUCUCCUGAUGAUGAUGAAAGGAAUCGAAAACGAACAGGAGUCUCUCAUGGUCGCUUUGGACAAACUACCCAACGAAAUCGUGCUCAAAGCCUUGCAAACUUGCUACCGGGAAGAUGCCAAAAUAAUGAAAGAAGCUCAGGACGCCACGAAAAUGAUUAUUCAAAUCGAAAAUCUCAUGAACACGUUGAGAAAAUCUCUCGAACCCGGGGAAAAAGUUAAAAAAGGAAGAAAACUCAUUUGGAGAUCCGAACCCAUGACCGAAAAAAUGGAAAGGCAACUCCAGAAAAAUCAAUUGACCAAAGAAGAAUUGGAAUAUUUGUAUUUUUUCACGGAUUUUUGCGCGGCGACGGACGACGCGGAAACGGGGAAAGCGUUGUGCGCUCAGAAACAAAUUAAUAUGAACGUGUCAUAG